AUGUCACGCCACCGUGCGAUCCGCAAUCUUGAUCUCGACGAGGAGAUGGCCGACGACUACGACGAGGAGCCAUGGGCGCAAGCCACAGACACGGAGCUCGAGCAGCUCGAGUCCGCCCUCACCUCCGUCAAGGCCGUCGUGGGCGCCCAGGCUGCCACGGACGAUGAGAUCCGCACGCUGCUCUGGGAGAGCUACUUCGACGUCGAGGGCUCCGUGCAGGCGGUGCUGGAGGAGGCAGAACGCAGAGGCGCUCGCGAGCGCAAAAAGGCAGACGACGGAGACGAGCCGAUGGAGGAGGAGCUGUCGGCCAUGCAGCGUCUCUCGCUGUCGCAUCGGCAAGCGGACGCACAUCCCUCUGGCGCGCAGCGGGCGCGCGGCGUCAGUGGGCUCGGCAUGCGUGGCCGGGCUGGCCUGGCAAAGCGCAACCUGGCAGGGCUUGCUCCAGACGGGCUGCCGGGAGCUGGUCGAGGUGCAGGCAGCCGAGUGGGCAAGGACGGCGCAGUCACGACGACUCUGGCUACCGCAUCCUCGCCGCCGCCGCCCGCUGCUGGCGGCAAGCUGGCCCAGCUCGCUGCCGCGCGGCGAGCGAACAAGCGUCCGGCAGAGGCAGAGGCGAGCAGCUCGCUACCGCAGGGAGCGUCUGCUAGCUCUGCGGCUGCAAGCAGCUCCGCUGCGGCAGACACUGCUUCACGGCCAAGCAAGCUUGCUGCGCUGGCUGCUGCUCGUGCCCGGCCGGCUGCGUCUGCUGCACCGAGCGCAGGAGCUUCUACGCCUCCUGCACCAGCCGCCGCGAGCAAGCCACUCUCGAAGCUGCAGCAGCGCGCACAGGACAACCUGGCGGCUCGGCAAGCUGCGCAGAGCCGGAGUGCUGCCGCGGCAGGGCCAUCAGAGGCGCCAGUGCGGCCGCCGACGCCCGAGGAGGGCCUGGAAAUCCUGCCGGGAGGGCUCGAGUCACGCGCUCUGUUCCCCACGAGCCGCGCUCAGCCAGCCAAGCAGGCGCCAGACGAUGAGUUGCAUUCGCGCUUCGCCAGUGUCCUGUCGCGGAGCAUGUUCGGCGGCGAAGGGAAGGUAGCACCUGGCCGCUCGCCAUUCGCUCCGGUUGCGGGAUCAGCGGCAGAGACGCUGAAGGAUGUGUUUGCGGCGCCGAGCCCGGACGAUGUGGUGCUGAAGGCGCGCGAGGGAACGAGCUUGGCGCGGUGA